AUGGAUCGCGAUCACACAGAAGACGAUAAAGAGGCGCAGCUGCGGACAUUGCUGGAAGAAAGAUCCCAUCCCAUCAUCGCUUUGGAUGAUGAUAGCGACAAUGAAGUUACCUUAGACGAAAACACGGAUCCAUUAGGUGUCCAAGACUCGCAAGUUAUUGUAAAUCAAUACGGUGAGCCAAUAUACAUCGACAACCCUAAUGCUAUGUUAGAGCUUUUAAACCUAAACAAUGAAAGUGGAAGUGUGUACAUCCAACAAUUUGGUGAACCUUUGAAUGAAAAUGGUGUCAUAAUUGACGAUAACGACGGAGAGCCAAUAUACAUAGACGACUCUGAACCAAAAAAGGAUUAUUAUAUCCAGGGUUCUGGUCCCGAGGAGGUAAUUUGCAUAAAGGAUGAUGCUGAUGAUGCUGAAGAGGAAAACACUCCAAUUUGCAUCGAAGACUCUGAUGAUGAUUCAAAUAGUUUGACUGAAAAUAAGGAGCCUGAGAAAGAAUCUGAAGAAAAGUCAAAAUCUAUAGAAGAUUCAGAUAAUGAAGAGUCGUCAAGUCCAAUAUCUGAUGGGAGUCAUAAAUCUGAUGAAAGUCAUGAAUCUGACGCCUCAGAAUCUUCUGACUCUUCAAGUGACUCAAGUAGUAGCGAAGAGUCAACUGACACCGAAUCGGAAUCUGAUGAAAGCUCAAAUGAUGAACAAGAACCAAAUAAAUCUUCAAACAAACUAAAAGAAACUUUACCUGAAAUUAAUAUGACAUCAUCCGAAUCGGAUUCUAACGAACCACAACAUAAGAAGCUCAAGAAAAAAAAGAAAAAGGACAACAGGGAUAAGCAGGAUUUCAUCCAAUCAAAACUGAAUAAAUGGUUCUUAGCGGAGUUCGAGUCACAUAUGGGCCUGAAACUUGGUGAAUCUGAUGAUAGUCCUAGUAUCAGUAAGCCUUUGGAAGAGAGCGAUUCGGAAAAGUCAACCAGUUCCAGUAUUCGGCGGAAUAGGUAUUCCGAUGAUAGCAGUUCUGAUGAAUCGUUAGGCCGGUGGUAUUCUAAGACAAAAUGGUCGUCCUCAGAUGAGGAUAAUGAAUAUGAUCAGACUCAAGAAAUGCAGAUUGAGGAAGGAAUUGAAGAUGAAGAUUCGCGGAAUGACAAUAAUGAAGAAUAUGGUUCUGACACUGGUGCAAGGAACUUUGAAGGUCAGGCCUAUAGGAAAUAUAUAAGUGAAGAUGCCAAUUCUGUUAUUAACAAUACUGUAGAAUAUGGUUCUAUGCCCAUUAUAACUAGUCCCAUGCCAUCGAUGCCCUUUUAUGAAGCGGAAUCACCUCAGUUUCAAAUGAUGGAGACUCCUAAGCCACUGGACGUUAUACAAUCCCCAAAAAGUGAGGAAGCUACGGAAAAUAAAACCGACCCACGGUUGGACUCGGAGAACGAGGAGGAUCUUUCAGAUAUCGAAACAAGUUCUUAUUUUAGCUCCAGCCAAUCCUCCGAUGAUUCUGAUUCGGAAGUUAUUCCCAAGCGCAAGAAGAAGUUUACCUACUGGGAUGACAUGUCCGAGCUGCCAGUCGACACAGGUGAAAUCAGCCAGGAGCAACUCCAGGGCAUUUUUGAAGAUGAGGAGAUGCUUACGAGGAGCGAAAGGGACUCUGAUUCGGCCAAAUUGGACAAUGAUGGUUACGAUUUCUACGAGGAUCCCAUUCCGUUGCAGGAUAACAGUGAGUCCUUUUCCUUCAUGGUGAUCAAGGAUGACAAUAUAUUCGACGAGUACGAGCAGUCUGUGCUUCGGCUCUUCACGAUGGUUUCCAAGAUACCCAGUCAGCACAGGUUCGAGAUUCACCUAAUGGUGUAUCCCAUGUUGGCCAUAACCUACCUGCAAAUGGUUGCCAGCGACAAUAUGUCACGGGCCAUUGAUUUUUUGGAGAACAAGAGUUGCCAGCUUGAUGAGUCCUACUCCUUCAGACUGACCAAGUUGGCAGACAUUUGCCGACUGGAGGACAUACCAAACAAGGCUCGCAAGCAGUUGGCUGGCUAUGAGAAGCUGGAGCUCCAGAUGUCCAGGGGCGCCUACCGGCAACUGCUCUUUCACCUGGAGGAGUGGCCCAGAGGCCAACAGGAAAAAGUUCUCACCCAUUUCGGUGUUCUUAGCUACAGCGAGGACGAGGAGCCGCAGCAGCGACCCAUUUUGGGGAAGCAACACCUUGAGACGCUCUACUGGGCCGCCCCGGAACCCAUCCACCAAAGGGACUUCACCAUUAGGCCCUUACUGCGGGGACGUCGCAGGAAGUGGAACGAGUCGCCACAGCGAAAGAAUAUAAACAUUCCUCCUAGCGAUAGGAUCUACAGUCCGACUAUAGAAAGGAUGGGCUUGGUGCGUCGCAAAAACGACGAAAAUCAUCGUGUGAAACUGGAUCGGGAUAACUUGCCUUCGGCCUAUCUCUACUCAGCUCCUGGCACUGAUAAUGUGGUCCUGUGUGCCACCUUUUCCGAAGCCAACACAAUUAUAGCCUUGGGGACUCUGUCCUCUACCAUCUAUGUCUUCUCCCUGAAGCCCACAAAGUUGGUUCAACUCAAGUCCGCCAGUUUGCUGGAAAAGCUGGACACCGGAAUGGCGGGGAUCGACAAGGGAAUGCUGGAUCCCCUGAGAAAGUACACGAGACGCACUCUCGUGGGCCAUCAAGGACCGGUUUACUCGUGCUGUUUUAACCCGGAGGAUCGCUAUUUACUCAGUUCCUCAGAGGACCAUAGUGUGAGGUUAUGGUGCCUGUUGACCUGGAGCUGUCUAGUCAUAUAUCCUGGAAGCUUGUCUCCCAUUUGCCAUGUGAUUUUCGCCCCACGAGGCUAUUAUUUCGCAACCGCCUCGGAUGAUGGUAUGGCCAGGAUUUGGGCGCAGGACUGUAGGAAGCCGUGUCGCAUCCUGGAGGGUCACCAAGCAGAGCUGACAAUGUGCCUCUUCCAUCCGAAUCGCCAUUACCUGGCCACAGCAUCCGCCGAUUGUACUGUAAGGAUGUGGGAUGUGAUCAAUGGCAGUCAGAUCCGCCUCUUCAGAGGCCACAAACGCCGAGUCUCUAUUUUAACCUUCUCCAUUUGUGGUCGCUACUUGGUUAGCGGUGGCGAUGACAACCUCAUCAUGAUUUGGGACAUGCCUCUUGGGCGAUUGAUUCGUUACUUGGACUACCACACUGGCCACAUCAACACCAUAGAGUUCUGUUUGGACAACAAUCUCCUGGUGGUGGGUGGCCAGGACUGUCGACUGUCCAUCUGGGACUUUCAACGCCUCCUCCUGGACUACGAACCGGCAAAAGUUGCCAAGAAGGAAAGUAAUAACAAGGAUCAGCUGCCAUUUGCCACUCAGGAGGAGCUUCUGAUCAAUGCUUAUUCCACCAAGAAUGCUCCCUUUUACUUGAUUCGAUUCACUCGCCGCAACUUGCUUCUAGCCUUUUGUGUGACUCCUGAAAAAUCUAAGAUGCGGAAUCGUCACAAGAUCAGGCCCUUGGAUGAGGAUAAAAGGGAGUCCCGCACAUGGUUCGAUUAUCUGGAUACGGCCAAGUUUGAAGGUAUUUGUCAAUCGGACUUUGAUUUGCAUUUUCCGGGAGUGGACGAGAAAGCUCAACUCAAAGGUAAAACUAAGAAGAAUCGCUCCGGUUGA